AGUUUGGUGUUUCAUUGCAUUGACAAAUUUCCUGUAGAUGGGAUCUUCCAAGGCAUCGAUCCUACAUAUUGAAAAGAGUUCUUUGGGAAACUGCAUUUGCAGGCACUCUUAUCCUAUAGCUGAUACAGGAAGUAGGUGAAUUUGGUCUAGGUGGUGGAGUUCGAUUUAACAAAUCAUGCCAGAAAGUCAGAUGAAUUUCAGGGAAGAAACUAAAUAUUGGGUUAAGAAAGGAUCAACAUGUAAUUUGGUGGGGAGAGAUGCAACCAUUCUAGAGAAGAAAUCCUUGAAUGAGCAGAAUCCUUUUUCAGGUGAUGGGUUGUUACCCAACCCCUAUGUUUCUUUCUCAAAAAACAUUUGUACUGCUCAUGGAAUCGACAAGCCUGAAAAUAAGGAGAUAAUGUGUCAAAGAAUCCAAGGCGAAGUAUUCGUUGAAUCUUCUCAAUGUGCUGCUACGAAAAGGUUUAAUAACAGCCUCUUUCAAAAUUUGUCUUGGUCAAACCAAGUGGGGAAUUGGGAAACAGAGGUCUUCAAGCAUUCAGAAAUAAAGCCUAAUCAUUCAUUUAUCCACAAGAACUUUAAUUGCAAGAAAGAACCUGAGACCUGGGAAGAAGAUUUCACUCGGCUUCGUAAAAGGCAUAGCCUUUGUGAAGAAUCAAUACCGGUUCCCUUUGACCUGCAUCAUUGUAAGAAUGCUGAUGAAGCACUAAAGGUGAAAUACAACAACCAGCAUGUUGCAACUCACAGCUCCAACUGCUUCCAUGCAUAUCCCGUUUCUUCUGUUCCUGAUCAGCAAAAUGCCCAUUGCGAAACAAAAGUAUGGGUUCCGGGCCAAGGUAGAUUCCAGCCAUGUAGCGGGAUGAAGAUACAAAGGACGAGCCAUGUGUUAGGUAGGUCCUUUUGUGGUUCUGUCGGCAGUCAGCCAUUCUCUGGUUAUCAAGUUCAUCAGGAGCAUAACCUCAUGAAAGCAAAGAAGUGGAUUCCUGUUUGUAGGAAAGAGAGGACCGGGUUCGCUGGUUUCUGCAAUGUCAUUAAUGAUCCCUUGCCCUUUCAUGCUUCUGACAAUAGUAAAUCAGUCCCUGGUUCUGGAGUUUACAAGAAGUAUAAAUUCAGGAAAAAGACCAAUUCUGAAACAAAAGCAAAGAAGUGGGUUCCUGUUCAGGUGGUGGAAAGGACUGGUGAUGUUUGCAAUGUCUUUAGUGAUACUUCGCCGUCUUCAUGUGGAGAGAUGAAUUAUACAAAUUUGAAAGGAAAUGUAACUCCUAUUUCUGGUUCUACUACUUCUAGUGCUACUACAACCAAUGACCUCAUAGCCACCCCAGCAACCAAAAUGACUUCAAACGAAAAUGAAACCUCAACAUUAAAAAAUGAGGGUGCCAUAUCAGAAGUUCAUGCUUCUGAAAGCACCAAUGGAAGCAUGAUAUAUUUUGAAGAACCAAAAGGUACGCCCCAGUCAAUUAUUGACUCACAAGUUGCAGUAGAAGCUUUGACUGCUGCUUACAGACUGCAAUUGGAAUCAGAGAAAGCUCAGAUUGAAAUGGGCCAACCUCUUGCUGAGUUUGAAAGAUUCAUCCAUUCUGCUUCUCCAGCUAUUUCUUUUUCACAUAGUUGUUCAAAAUGUGGAGUUUGCUCAGUUAGUCAGCUGUCCUCUAGUUUCCUGUGUAAGCAUCAGAUGCCUAGUAUAUCACUUCGUGCUGUUUGGAACUGGUAUCAGAAGCCUGGAAAUUAUGGAUUGGAAAUCAAGGCAGUAGAUUAUAAUAACCAAAAGGGGAGACCAACGGAAAUGACAUCAUUUCAAGCUCAUUUUAUUCCCUUCCUUUCUGCUAUUCAACUGUUUGGCUAUGUAAGGCCAGAGAAACAAGAAGUUGAUUUAAAUUCCUCUUCUCUAGAAACAUUGCUUGUCAAACAUUCUCCAGGAGCAAUUCAACCUGGUUAUUUUUGGGUGGGAAAUAAAACAUCAGAUAAAAAUCUUGAUUCUAUUGAGGAAGUUUGCAUCUCAAAUAAUGCAUCAUCAUGUAAGACAGGAGACUCUCAGGGCUUCCUUUCUUCACUUGACUGCCUGGGUGAUUCUGAACUAAUGUUCGAAUUUUUUGAAUCUGAGCUGCCUCAUAAGCGAAAGCCUCUUCAUAUUAAAAUUGCUGAACUUGUUAACACUGGAACUUCCAAUCUAGUAUUUGGUGACUCUUCAAAACUAGAGUCUGUGGAUCUGCAUGAUCUACACCCUGCAUCUUGGUACUCAGUCGCUUGGUAUCCUAUAUAUCGGAUCCCAGAAGGAAAUUUCCAUGCAUCAUUCUUGACUUACCAUUCACUAGGACAUUUGGUUCAGAGAUGUAUUCCUACUGAUUCUCUUCAAAACAAGGCUACUUGUAUUGUUGCCCCUGUACUAGGACUGGAAAGCUACAACACACAGGGUGAAUGCUGGUUUGAUCUGGGAAUACCCGACAAAACUUCUUUGGAAGAAUUUUCACAAUGUAAGACUUCUGAAAUUAUUGUGAAGCGACUCAGAACUCUGGAAGCCAAUGCCUUUAGUUUUGCCAGAGGUUGUGUUUGCAAAAACAAUGUUAAGGUGUUUAAUCAGCAGCCAGAUUAUGAAUUUUUUAUCUCCCGGAAACACUGAGGUUGCUCCAUUCUAUAUUCUCCAAAAAGGCCAUUGCACCAAGUUGUUGCAGAUUUUAGGAUCUUUGUUUAGACUGUGAAGUUUUUUAAGAGAGAUUAAAAAUAUGGAGGGAAGAGAAAGAGGAUAUGUUCUAACCAGUAGUGCAGGCUCUACACUAUAAGCUUUUCUUUGUCAUAGAAAACAGAAUGAUCUCUUCAAUUUUAGAUUCGGCUGAAUUUGUUACUUGCAUCACAGCUCCCUCUGAUAGGACUUCUUUAUGAUGAUGUAAAUAAAGAUUCUCACAAAAUUGUGGUGGUUAUCGUAAAAUGUAGUUUCCUUUCCCUAGUUUUGCAUUGUGUGUAUAUGCAUACAUUCAACUACAGCAUUCAAUAUGAGAACGAUUUUGUAA